CGUCUUUUGGCACUUUCGGCGCCUUCCCUCCCCCCAGGAUGAUCAAGGAGGGCCGUCCUCGCGAAUCUCUGGUGAGAUGGGUGCAUUGCAGCCACAUGCAGCCACUGCAUGCUCUCACAUGCGUUUCUCUCCUCGUGCAGGUCAAGUAUGACUCGCCUCUGGAGCUUGGCCCUGCGCCGGCCGGCCAGCAGCCCGGUGCGGCGAAGACAGCAGCGGCCAAGAAGAGCGGUGCGGGUCUCAAGGCGCAGCUUGGGAAGCGUGUGCAGCUGCCGCAGUUGGAGUCGAAGCCGAGCCCGGAGGACCUGCUGCACGCCAUUCUGCCGCCACGAGAGUGGCUCGAGACCAACAGACACUACAUACAGGUCUGUCUGUCUGUCUGCCCGUGCGGAUGUGUUUGCUGCACUGCAUCGACGACGCACACACACUCAACGAGUUGUGGUGUGUCUGACGUGAGACAUGCAGUAUGUGUCGAGCACCCCCGCGACGCGCCUGGAUGUGAUUCAGCUGCAGGAGGCCCUCGACCAGCGGCUGAUGGAAAGACAGGCCCGGGAGUCGGGUAUCUGCCCCGUCAGGGAGGAACUCUAUGCACAAACAUUCGGUGGGCCAAGGGGAGACAGACAGACAGACAGACGUCUGCGGGCGAGAGAGAUGCUGAUGCCGUGUUGGUGGUCAGAUGAGCUGAUCCGUCAGGUGACCAUCAACGGGCCUGAGAGAGGCCUCCUUCUCCUUCGGUAUGCUCACGCGGACUCUUGCGGUUCGCUUCUGACAGACAGACACCUUUCUUUCGUUGUGAGUGCAGCGUCCGUGACGACAUCCGCAUGACGAUAGCGGCGUAUCAGACUUUGUACGGGUCGAGUGUGACGUUCGGCACCCGCAAGCAGCUGCAGAGCGAGCAGGGCAAGUCGGAGACCGAACAAAUGGUCAGCAAGAAGCAAGAGAGAGAAGGAGAGAGGGAGAUUUGUAUGGUCGGCUUGUGGUCCGAUGUGGUGUGGUUCGUGUGUUUCAUAUGCAGAUUGACGAGUUGGAGGCUCAGCGUCAGCAGUUGGAGGCCAAGGUGGUCGAGCUCAGGAACAAGUGCGAAGCUGUUGAACGGUCAGCACGACACACAUGCGCACACACCCCAUCUGCGCAUCAUUUUCUGUGGCUGUUGUGCCAUGGUCGAUGGGAUUCAGUCGCGAGACGGAGAGGCAGCAGAUUCUGAAGCGCAAGCGGCAGGAGGAGGUACAUGCGCACGGACUGUACUCAUCAGGACCAUCCAUCUCUACGUGUGUGUGUGUGUGUGUGUGUGUGUAUGUGUGUCCGAGCAGAUUGACUUCCUUAAGCAUCAGGGUCAGCACCUGGAGGCAUUCCUGAAGGGGCUCGAGAAGUAGACCAGACCCGUGUACCACGACAGUUGGGUGGUUGGUUUGUGGUGUGGGGCUGGGUGUGGGUGU